UACUAAUGUUGUUUGUGAAUGGUGGCUUUGUUGAUAUAACAUUACACAAUGACAAAUUUACAAGCACUUUCAGCUUGACGUAUUAUGGAUAUAUUGGGUAAGAUGCUUUCCUCAUAUACAAGAAUAUUCAACAAAAGAGUUGAAUAUAUUUUUAUGAAGAUAUGGUCUUAUUUAAAUAGCUUAUAAAUAUUUUCACGAAUAACACAAUCUUUAAAUAUUGCAUAUAAAAAAAUUAUUAAAAGAAAUAUCAAGGUUUCAUCUAAAGUAUAUUAAUUCAAGCACUUAAGUAUUGAAGUUAUUUUAUUUUAGUUCAAUAAACAAUAAUUUUAAUUUCUAUUUCGACAGAUUUUUUUCUAAAAUAAGUGGAGCUGAUUCACCACCUGUUUGCAAGUUUAGCUACUUAUUUGAAAUGCCCAAUAUAACCGUAACAAGCACGACCUGCCCUGAUCUUAACAUCACCGAGUAUGGGGAUUCAUUUGAGUGCAGUGUGGAGGGCUCAACUAUUUUGGAAUGCCAACGAAUGGGAAGAAAUAGCUCAUGUGAUAAUAAUAAAUCAUGGACCGUGCUUUACAUGAACAUGACUUCACUUAAACAAUGUGCUGGAAUAUGUUCAGUUAAUAUUAACGAAACAAUUAAUACUUUCUACUUGGUAAAUAUGACAGUGGUUCCUGAAUCAGCUUGCACGAGACCAAAAUAUUCCACAGCUACAGAAAUAACAAAAAGUAUAACUACACUAUCCAAAACAUCAACACCUACACCUAGCAGUUCUGUGCCACUCCACAUUAUAAGCCAGUCAACAGAACCAGAUUCUCUGUCCACAGCAAAUGUUGCUUUAUCUGCAUUGUAAUCUCAGACUUCACUGAUCAUUGGCCUGUGUGUAAGCAACGGGAUAUGGGCCUUUAUCUUCCUAUGUGUAAUCAUUUUCUGUUUACGUAAAAGAGCUAACCGCCCUUCGUCUCACAGACCUGUGUCCAAUACAGUUAAUGAACGAAAACCGUGCACUGCGCCUGAUGAUUACAACAGCGCUUACCAGGACGACAACCCCACGACCAGUCAUCACCCAAGUCAAACUAAACAUUCCAAGACGGUAAAGCCACAUAUAAAGAUGUUCCUCUAUUUAAAGAAACAUGGCAGAAACAGAGAUCCAGAUGGAGAUGAAAAUGUAACUAACAUGGCCGAGAAAAAGAACAAGAAAGGAAAGAAUAUAAAAACAAAGGCGAAAGAAAGUGACGUUCAAACUUUGAAUGUUCAAAACGACUCCUCUGUGAUCUACGUUAAUAAGACGGUUUGUGAUUUAUCACGUGACGGAAUCUCUCUCAACACUGCAGGACAUUCAUACGACCACCUGACCAUCAUGACCAAAGAUACCAAAUCAGAGGAUGGCUGUUAUUUGAAGCCAACCCUUUCAAAACUUGCAUUGGAAAGUGAGGAUCUUGGACGAAACGGAUCAUAUCACCGGUCCAACACAAAUUUAACUGCAUAUAAUCCAAAAGUUGAAGAUCGACUGGAUGUUGUUGGUAUUGUGGAUAAUAAAGUUGACCAAUCUUUCAGGCAAUCUAACCCUUCUCGUCUCGAGGGUGACUACGUUGAGAUUGAAUAGAAUUAAUAACAGAAACAGUAAAUGGUCAUAUUUACAAGAAAACAAUGUUAUCAAUAUGAAAACGACAAUGUCAUCAAUACUCACUUAAGCUCCUGUCUUCAUUAUUUAAUCGCAUAUGUCUGCAAUCUCACUUCGAGAUAAAAGUAUUGUUAAAUAUAUGCGUUAAAAAUGUUACAGUACAUGUUUCUUAACACCCGAAAUAAACCUUUGAUGCCAAAAGAUCUUAUGAGUGAUAAAAAUGUUCGCAUGCAAUUCCUUAUCAAUCAAUGAUACAAAUUUUGACUGUGUCGAAUAGGCGAAGGGCACAUGCCUUAAUGGCCC